UCCGCAAACACAGCUCCGGUCCGCUUCCGGUUGAUCGGUUGAUCGAUGCGGCGGUUGAUCUGCUGCCUCGCGCUUCCCGCCUCCGGUUGAUGUCCUCCAACGGCUCCGACACACAGCGAUCGAUCGGAGCGUCGAUGACGGCCAACAGCCGCUGCUCGGCCGCGGAGCCUCCGGGCCUGGAGAGCCAGCGGCGGGAGAUCGAGUCCCUGCUGCGGGAGUGUGAGCUCCGUGCGGGGGACAGCUGGUACGUGGUGGAGCGCCGCUGGUAUGAACAGUGGAAGGAAUUUGUGGAGACCGGAGACCAGAACUCAUCGUCCUUCCCCGGUCAGAUCGACAACACUGAGCUGUUUGAGGAUCUGGACUCGUACCACCUGAAGGAGCGCCUGGUGGAGAACGAGGACUUCAUGCUGGUGCCGGCUGAGGCCUGGCACAAGCUGCUGGCCUGGUACGGCAUGGUGGACGGUCAACCACCGCUAGAGCGCAAGGUGGUGGACCUGCCCAGCACUCUGAAGGUGGAGGUUUACCCCAUUGAGAUUUUCCUCUGUCUCCAUAGCAACAUGGAGAACGUCAUCAACGCACAGUUCAGCCGCGUCGACAAUAUACAGUCCAUCCAGAGGGCGAUGUGCGAGGCCUUCUCGGUGCCUCCGGGCUCCGAGUGCCGUCUGUGGAUGAAGAGUUCGGACAGCAGCUGCGAGCGUCUCAGGAACGUCCACAUAAGCGUGCUGGACGCCUGUUUGAGCUCGGGGAUGACGGUGAUUAUGGAGACGAGGAAUGCUGACGGCACCUGGCCAAGCUCCAGACCUCAAAUCAUGAGGAACUCUGUGGAGGAGCAGGACUCGUACCGAGGACAGCCGGGAGUCUGCGGCCUUACCAACCUGGGCAACACCUGCUUCAUGAACUCUGCUCUACAGUGUCUGAGUAACACCCCUCCUCUGACCGAGUACUUCCUGCUGAGCUCCUACCUGGAGGAGCUGAACUUCACCAACCCGCUGGGAAUGAAGGGAGAGAUCGCUGAGGCCUACGCUGACGUCAUCAAACAGAUGUGGUCUGGGAGGCAUUACUCUGUGGUGCCGCGCGUAUUCAAGACGAAGGUGGGUCACUUUGCGUCUCAGUUUCUGGGUUACCAGCAACACGACAGUCAGGAGCUGCUGUCCUUCCUGCUGGACGGACUGCACGAAGACCUGAACCGAGUCAAAAACAAAGAGUACAUCGAGCUGCGGGACGCCGCCGGCCGGCCGGACCAGGAAGUGGCCGAGGAGGCGUGGCGUAACCACCGCCGGCGGAACGACUCUGUGAUCGUCGACACGUUUCACGGCCUCUUCAAGUCCACGCUCGUCUGUCCGGAGUGCCGCAAGGUCUCCGUGACCUUCGACCCCUUCUGCUACCUGAGCGUCCCGCUUCCUGUCAGCAAGGAGCGCAUCAUGGAGGUCUUCUUUGUCUCUCUGGACCCGUACGCCAAACCUGCACAGCAUCGUGUUGUGGUUCCUAAAGCAGGAAAAGUAUUUGACCUCUGCUCUGCUCUGUCAGAGAUGACCAGCGUACCUCCCACACAGAUGGUGGUAGCUGAUGUGUUCAACCACCGUUUCUAUAAGAUCUACAACUCUGAUGAAUCUCUCAGCUGCAUUCUGGACCGAGACGACAUCUUUGUGUACGAGCUGAGCGUGCUGGAGGAGCAGCAGGAGGAGCAGGUGCUGCUGGCUCUCUACCUGAGGGAGCGCUCUCACUACAGAGACUACGGCUCCGGCAGCAGCUCGUACGGCACCACGCUGUUCGGACACCCGCUGCUGCUCAGCACGCCACGCAGCAGCUGCAGCCGGGAGGCGCUCUACAACCUGUUCCUGCAGAGGCUGGCCCGCUAUGUGCGACCUCCAGAUCCCUCUGAAGAGUUGGAGGAAGAGGAGGAAGAUGAUGAAGAAGAGGAGCUGUAUAAGACUCAGACCAACGGCAUCAGUGACGACGAGGAGCAGGAGGAGAAAGCUGGGCCCUCUGAGACCGAACCUCAGUGCGGUGAUGUAACGGCAAACAGCCAAUCGGAUGGCGGCGCAACUGACGAGCCUCAGCCGAAUAUCAACCACACGCAACCCCUACUGGACCACGGCGACGCGGAGACCAGCAACGGGUCCCAGAACCAGACCGAGCCGCUCUGCAGCGCCGGCUCCACAGACAGCGGCGAGAACGAGAGUCCCUGUGCCAACUCUACCGGGACCGCCGCCGACACCGGCUCAGAACCACCGGCAGAGCGGCUGCAGCAGCCCUGUGAGACCACAGAGGAAGAGAAAGAGGAAGACAAGCAGGAGGAGGCGUGUUCUCCCAGCCUGCCAGCCAAUGAGCAGCCAGCUAGGAGGAGGGCGUGUCGCAAGAGGAGGAAGAGUCUGUUCACCAUCCAGGCGGUCAACUCCAACGGGACCACGGAGAGAGGGACGGGGGAGGGGGGGAGCGCUGUGUCCUUCGGCUCUCAGCCUUAUGUGGCCAUCGACUGGGACCCAGAAAUGAAAAAGAGGUUCUACAAUGAAAAUGAGGCCGAGAAGUAUGUGAAACAUGCCAGUAUGGAGGUUCCUCAGCAGCAGACCACAGUGCAGCUGCAGGAGUGCAUCGAGCUGUUCACCACUGUGGAGACACUGGAGGAGGAGAACCCAUGGUACUGUCCGGUGUGUAAGAAGCACCAGCUGGCCACGAAGAAGCUGGACCUCUGGUCUCUGCCGGAGGUUCUCAUCAUCCACCUGAAGAGGUUCUCCUACACCAAGUUCACCAGAGAGAAACUGGACAGCAUCGUGGACUUCCCCCUCAGAGACCUGGACUUCUCUGGCUGCCUCCUGAAGAAGAAUGUGUCCAAUGGGGAGCCUCCGAGCUGUUAUGACCUCAUCGCUGUGUCCAAUCACUACGGAGGACUCAGAGACGGACAUUACACCAGCUAUGCGUGCAACAAGGACAACGGUCAGUGGUAUUACUUUGACGACAGCAAGGUGACCUACGCCAGGGAGGACCAGAUCGUGACCAACGCUGCCUACGUGCUGUUCUACCACCGACAAGACAAGAUCAGAAAACCAACGCUGCCCGCCCCCAGCACGAGCCCCGCCUCCUCCACCCAGCCCGCCAACGACAUCACUUCCUGCAAAGAAGAGGACGCGGAGCAGGGCGCCGCCGCCGCCGCCUCCUACGUCACCAUGGAAACGGACUAAAAGAACCCCGGAGAUUUAGUUUAAUUCGACUUUUACGAUAAUUAGUUCUUCGUCAGAACAACGGGCCUUUUCCUCCUCUUUAUGUAAUUUUAAGUUUUUGAUUUUUCCGACGACACUUGAACGUUCUCUGACUUCGUCUUUUUCCCUCCGUUACUGAAAACAGAAGCACAUCUGCACGCCGCCUCUCAGACCUCCUCAGCUCCUGCAGGUGGCGCCGUCUGUUGAGUUUUGGUUCAUUUGGUUUUCUCUGCUCGGUAGAUAAAAGACUCGAUACUCAGGUAGUUUGAUGCACCGGGAGCUCCUUUAGAGCCCGAAGUAGACACAACUGUACGCCAUAUCCGAUCUCUUUCUUCCAACGUUAACGAGUUUCCGUGCUCUUUAUUGGUCGGUGGAGCCCGGACUGGACCAGCAGAAUAACACACUGUUAUUUAUUUAGUUUAUUACACAAUUAAAAGCCCAGAAACUUCUAUAUCCUUAUUUUACUUUCAUUAAUAACCACGCUUUAAAGUGGAAUCACAAAAUGAACUGAGCCUUCCUGAGCUCCGCCCCUUUUGUGACGUCUGUCAGCUUCCUCCUUUCCUGUGCUUCGAUAUGCUACAUGCUAAGCUAAUCCAUGUUUAAAUGACAACCACAUUUUUAAGUUAACUAACGAUUGACGUAGACUAGCCAGCUAAAGACGUGACUGUAUGUUUCUCACAUUUAAACAUAGAUUAGCUUAGCAUGUAGCAUAUGGAAGCACAGGAGACGGAGGCUUUCUCAACUGUUAUUGGAGCACAGAUGGUCCAACCCAGCUGAAGGCGGCACACUGCUUACACGUCUUCAGUCCUUUUUAAACUGAAUUUCUAUUUUAAAAUUAAAUGAUUAAUUCAUCAUUUAAACAGUUACGUUUUAUAAUGGAUCAUUUAAAUCUAAUUUAAAAGAUGUUAAAUAACAUUUGGAUUGAAUUAAUCUUGUUCUUUGUAGAUUUUUUUAAUUGAUACAUUUUUAAGUGAUUAGAAUUAAACAGUGUGAAAGUAUUCAGCUGGCACACACCGGGCUCCGUACCUCAUCCGCUGCAGAUGUUUGGCUCCAACGUUCAUCUGGAAACGAGCCCAAAACUUAAAGAACACCAGAGUUUGUUUCGUUUUACUCUCAAUUAAAAAUCCAGCUUUGGAAACAAACAAUUAAAGCUGUUAAACACUUUCCUUACGUUACUUUAGUGUCUGCAGACAACGUCAAUCUUUGUUUUAUUGCACUCAGCAGAAUUCAGUGGACCCAGGAGCGGCGUGAAGGGGAUUAUGGGUAAUCAGGAGUGUGUUUGUAGCAGAGAACCAGAUAAUUUAAUACUGAACAAAGCUGCCAGGGAUGAGAAAUUAAUCUUUGUAUAUUUUGGUUUUGUUUUUUUUUUGCUGGUAUUUAUUUUUGUAAUGGAAUAAUUUCAGCUGUCACGAGACUACAGGUGUUUGUUUUCCUUUGAGAGAUUUUGAUCGACUGGUGCAGGACAUUGAGAAGCUUAUUUUUCAUAUUUAUAGAUUAAAAAAAGGCAUAAAAUUAUUUGAGGUAAGCCGUACAACGUUUUCCGGUCUGUGCGGAGAGACGGACGCAGGCGGAGUUUCCUCUCUGCGGUCGGAGCUCUGAUUUUUAAACCGGCUCUGUGUACAGUAUUUUUGUAUUGUAAGAAAUGUAUUAUUAUUAUCAUUCCUGGGUGGAGCAGGAGGGAAGCUUGGGGUGAUUUCUUUCUUUGGUCUUCCCUGUCAAAUAUCAGAUGAAAAUAUUUUAUUGUACUUUCAAUCUUUUGAUAUGAAUAAAAGGAUGAUUAUUACCACACUGAGA